AUGUCUUCCACCAAGCUUUUCCUCAUCUCCGCCAUUCUGGCCUGCGUCGAGGCCCGUUUCGGCCAGGAGAACGUCCCCACUGCCGCCAUCGCCUCUCUUCAGGCCGGCAGCCCCGGUGAAGCCGCUACCCUCUCCGGCAGCGUCCCCGGCACCCUCCUCGCUGCCGCCGACCCCUGCGCCAAGCUCAAGCUCGCCGACCAGGUCGCCGCCCUCGGUACUGGUGACGACGUCCUCGCGGCCGCCAAGGGCCUCGUCGCCGCUGAGCAGAACUUCAACCCCUUCGUCGUCAGCGUCCCCAACAUCUGCGGCGAUGCCUCCCUUCCUGCCACCCAGGCCCUCCGCGGCAUCGUGCCCCUUGUCGACCCUUCCGUCGGCGGCUCCGACCUUGAGAACGCCAACUCCAAGACUUCGCUGACCAGCCCCUUCGACGCCACUGGUCUUUCCGUCGCCGACGUCAUGAAGGCCCAGGGCUUCUCCAACUUCACCGUCAAGGGCGCCGCUGCUGGUGGCGCCGCUGCUGGAGGUGCUGCUGCUGGAGGUGCUGCUGCUGGAGGCAAUGGCAGCGCCGGUAACAACAACCAGAACAAGGACCAGAACAAGGACAAGGGCAACAACAACGCCAGCACUGGUAACAACAACGACAAUGCCGCUGAUGACUGCAACGGUGGCGCCGCCGCUGGCGGUGCCGCCGCUGGUAACAGCACCGCCGAGGCCGGUAACGACAACCAGAACAACAAGGACCAGAACAAGGACCAGGACAACGACAAGGCUGAUGCCGGCAACAACAACAACAACAACAACAACGACGCUGGUGCCGGUGCUGCUGCUGGUGGCGCUGCUGCUGGUGGCGCUGCUGACUUCGGCAAGUGCACUCCCACCAUCGACUUCCAGCUCGGACGUCCCGGCCGCAAGGCGACUGAGGGAACCUUCCUGCCCACCGACCCCCUCGUUGCCCAGGGCCAGCAGGAUGCCCUCAACCCCAACAUCAUCACCAACCGGGUCUGCGACCAGCUCACCAACGUCUGCGGUGCCAACGCUGCCGCCAAGUCCCUCUGCAAGAGCGCCCAGGCCCAGAUCUUGGCCUCCGGUGACAAGAGCGCCGACGUCGCCACCAAGUUCAACAGCCUCCUCGGCUUCUAA